AGUUCACGUUUGAAACGGAUGCUGAGAUCACUACUAUUUCAGUUAUUCCCGAGUUCAAUUAUUAAACAAAAUUAUUUAAAAGUGUUUGAUUUGAUAAUAAUAACUAAUGCCUAUGAUUACAAUAAAUUCAAAUUCAGCCGACAUGGAAUGGUCUGCUGAAGGAGAAAACACCGAUUACAGCACAUCUUCAUCGCCAACAAACACGCGAAGACUUCAACAAACUUACGAUGUUGAUUCUCAAUCAGAUGAGGAUGAUUUAUCUGAUGAUUUUUCAUUGCUCGAUAGUGACGAUGAAAAAUUAAGUCGUGAUUCAAAAUUUACCUGUUCGCAACCUUUAGUUCCACACCCGGUUGAUGUUUCAACAACCAAAGGGGUUGUUAAAAAAAUUUUUACAAACAGCCGAGAACGAUGGAGGCAACAAAAUGUUAGUGGGGCUUUCGCUGAAUUAAGAAAAUUAGUCCCAACUCAUCCACCUGACAAAAAAUUGUCAAAAAAUGAAAUUCUACGAAUGGCUAUCAGAUAUAUUAGAUUAUUAACGAAUGUUUUGGAAUGGCAACAAAGUAAUGAUACUCAUAUUAAAUGCGAGGAAAAUAUUAUUAAACAAUUACCGGUUACUCCCCAGCAAGCGUUGAGAUUUCGUGCAAGAUUAAGAAGAAAUUUAGUUAUUCAAAAUAAUAAUAUAUGUGAUCGAAACGGAAAUAAUUUACUUAUGAUCGCUCCUAAUAAUCAUUUGUGUGCUAAGAAGAUUAUAUAUUUUGAAAGUUUGGGAACGAAAAGAGUCAAACAAGAAUACGAAGAGAAAGAAGUAAAAGAUGAUGAAAAGGAUUUAAAGAAACAAUAAGGAAUAAUUUAUUUAAAAUAAAAUAGUUUACUUAAAUUAGAAUAUACAGUUAUAUCUUUGUGAAUUUGUGCAAUGUUAUAUAAAAAUAUAAACUUAUAUAUACCACGAUUUUCAAA